CUCUGAGAUAUAGAUACCCUUUCUCACUCUAUAAAAUAAGAUGAGUUGAAACUUUCUUGAAACACUUCUUUUGUUAUCAUAUUAGAGCUGAAAAUGCCAAGCCAAACAUAUCUGAAGCUUGUCAUUGGAGUUCUGCUUGCAUUAGCCACUCUCCACAAUGGGUGGGGCUUGAAGUGCAGUAGCAACAGUCCUACAGUGACACAAACUCAGGUAGGGUUUGGGAACCCUCCCAAAUUCAUGGUGGAAGUCCAGAACAGCUGCCCCAUUUGUCCAGCCAUCGAUGUUCACGUAAAAUGUGGAAGCUUUAACCAGGCUCUAGUCAAUCCAAGGCUGUUCAAAGUAUUGGGAUACAAUAACUGUGUUGUUAAUGGUGGGUUGCCAUUGGCUCCCCUGGCUAAAAUUUCCUUCAACUAUUCUCAUCCCAAGUUCAUCUUAUCCCCUAGUUCUUGGUACUUCCAGUGUGAGUGAAACUUAAGUGACCAUCUUACCAAUAUGGUUGGUUUUCUCACGGUCCCAUCCCCAUUUGAUUCUCUGUUCUCUUAUGAUAAUACUAAAUCAACUUCAAAAAUA